GAGAGAGUAGGAGCAGGGGUUGGGCCCUUGCUCUGCAGGUCCUGCUCCUCAGUCACUACUGCCCCUCUCUCAACCAAUAAAAAGUAACUCUUCGCUCGUUCUCCCAGUCCUUUCUUGAGAGAGAGAGAGAGAGAGAGAGAGAAAGGAGGAGGGAGAAGCAUGAUGGGUUCUUUGGUUCUCUGCUUCUUUGGUUUUUCUCUUCUGUUCUUCCUCUGCUUCGCCAAUGCGGUCACUACGGUUAUUGACAGCCUCCCAACUCUGUCCUUCGAGGAGGGAUACACCCAGCUCUUCGGCGACGGCAACCUCAUGCUCCUGCGCGACGGGAAGCGAGUCCACCUCUCCCUCGACGAGAGAACAGGUGCUGGAUUCGCCUCUCAAGACCUCUACCUCCAUGGCUUCUUCAGCGCUUCCAUUAAGCUCCCUUCCGAUUACACCGCUGGCGUCGUCGUCGCCUUCUAUAUGUCAAACGGCGAUGCGUUUGAGAAGACCCAUGAUGAGUUGGACUUUGAGUUCCUGGGGAAUGUAAGAGGCAGAGAGUGGAGGGUUCAGACCAAUGUCUAUGGAAAUGGGAGCACUGCUGUUGGAAGGGAGGAGAGAUGUGACCUCUGGUUCGACCCAACCGAAGAUUUCCAUCACUACUCCAUCCUUUGGAACCAUGACAGAAUCAUAUUCUACGUUGAUGACACUCCAAUUAGAGAGAUUGUGAGGACGGAGGCUGCGGGAGGGGUCUUCCCGGCCAAGCCGAUGUCACUGUACGCCACCAUAUGGGACGGCUCCAACUGGGCCACCUCCGGCGGCCGCUACAAGGUCAAAUACAAAUACGCCCCUUAUGUCGCCGAAUUUUCGGAGCUCGUCCUCCAUGGCUGUGCUGUCGAUCCCAUCGAUCAUUCUUCGCCUUGUGAGAGGCCGGAGAACGCUCGAUACGAUACACUGACGAUGUCGUCGGAUCAACGAGCACGGAUGACGAGCUUCAGAAGGAACCACAUGCAGUACUUGUAUUGCUACGAUCGUGAUCGAUACCCAACACCUCCGCCGGAAUGCAGCAUCGACGAGAGCAGCAAAGAAAGGCAAUCUUACGGGCUGGACGGCGUCAGGUUGGGGGAUAGCCGGCGGCGCCACAGGAGAAACCAAGGAGAACGUGGUCGAGUGGUCGAGGCGGAUGCUUUCCUGUGAGCCCAAGAUGCGCAUUGAGUUGAGAGCAAGCAGUGAAAGGUCAUGCUGUAUAUUGAGAGGAUUGAUUGAAACCAGAGAUGUUGUUGGCUUGGCAUUGGUGAGAGUAUGGUUUUGGUGCUUUCAUGAUUAGAUUUCUAUGUCGUUAUUUGGGCUAUAAAUCUCUGACAGAUUUCAGAGCUUUUA